UCGGCUGGAUGGUGUUGAAGGCACUGGAGAAGUCAAAGAACAUGAUCCUCACAGUGCUGCCGGGCUUCUCUAGGUGCCCCAACCAACCUUCUUAUCAAGCCUCUCUUCCACCGCUACCACCUCUUAGCAAGCCUCUGGUGGGACGGGUUCAUCCUCUGUGCUGAGACUUAAUUAUGAUAUGCCACAGCAACGUCAGCCCCAAGUAUUGGCUGAGGUGGAGUCAACUUUAGCAGCAGUGAUGCAGCAUCAUAAUGCACAAUGAAGUAAACAUUCUUCAGGAGAUUUCUCUUCAGGUGGUAAACAGCAGUAAUGCCUCCAUGAUUGUGGAGGAUAAGUGUCCAGUUCUGCAGGUGGGACAGUACUCCACCUUGGCUCUUUCCCUGCGACAGCUCUUCACCGAUGGGUUUCUACAUGAGUUCAGUUUAUUGGUGCAGCUGCGGAGUCCUCAGAGACAAGAACACAGUGUUUUCACCAUGCUCAGCCCUAACAACCACCUCAUGAUGCAACUGCGAAUCAGUACUCAUGCAGUCAUUUUCAUAGGAACACAGCAACAACAUUAUGAGACGGCGGUAGAGAACGUCAUAUCCCCCCCUUCUACAUAUUCACCACCCGCUCAGAAGAACAAAACCACAAGACGGAAAAAGACCAGCGUCAGGGAUCGAGCUGUUCGUCCUGCCCGGACAAAAAGGAGCAGUGAUGAGGAAAACGCGUGCAAGGCUUCUCCUACUCAUCAUCAGCAGGUUCAACAAAGCAAGACCACCAGUGUUCCUUCUGUGUGCCGUUUUGUAACCGUCCGCAGACGUGGCGCUGCCACCAAACACCAGCUCCCUAAGAAAAGAAUCAGUGUGCUCAACUCUUCAAAUGACUUUUCCUCUGGAUAUUUUUCUGCCAAAAGGAUUCUUCGACCUAUCAGGAGAAGCAAGGCACCUUCAACAUUUAUUUUGUCCAGUGCAGAGAACUCAGUGAAUGUUGCAGGACCUUCCAGUGUACCCACCAAUCCCCUUCAAGAGAUAUCCCUUAAUGAGUCAUCAGACCCCAGCAAUAGACCCGUCCUUAGAAUGAUGCGACCCGAGUCGUGACAUGUGGCCUCCUCAAGGGAGCAUUUAUAGAUUUACUGACUGAACCUUGUGGAUGUUAAGGACGUGUAUGCUAAGGAAGGAUCCCAGUGACGGGACAUUUGCUGCUCAUCGUUGCCGUUCAGAGGGAUGAGACGGUCCAGCAGACGGGGUGGAUGCUGUCAGCUGCAGGCUGGACUCACUGCAUUAGUCUCUGUGGAGCUUUUCAUGCAUCAGCUUGUCUGGAAGCAGAUUCCUUUCCAAGCGUGUAUAUAAAUGUGACUUUUCCUUGUGGAUAAGAGCUAAAUCUUGAUUUUGAUGUAUCUGGGACUUUACUGAAGCAGAUGUGUGCUGAUGUUGUCAUUGUCACUUUAGUAUUUUACAGUUUUAGCAGUGUUAGUAUUUUUUUUAUACAUGCUCUGCUCUCGCUGUGGAAAAAUACGUUUAAAUCAAUCCAACCAAAUAUAUAAAAUAAUGACGUGAAUGAUGAAGAAUGCUAUUGAAGUAAUUACAUUGUAAUACAAAAAAAAAUGAUAAAAAUUAAGUAAAAAAAAUAAAAAAAUAAAAA